GCGUUUGACCUUCUCUUUCACGUGUGCAAGUAGCGCGUCAACUUGCUGAAAAGGGUCAUCACAUCUGCGCCAUAAGGCAAGGAAACAGCGUAUUGUGUUUGUUCGUGUUUGGAUUCAUUUACUACGGCAACCGUUGACUACAAUUUUGAUAAAGAAAUCAUCGUAUGAUAUCUUACAGGUAAGAUACUGGAAAGAAUGUGGCAACUUGACGCUACUUCAUCAGCGGUUGUGUACAAAGCAGAUGACAGUAUAAAUGUAUACGUGACACCAUGACAGCACAUCACGAGAUUUUCUCCAAUUACACCGGUUCUCGAAACAGUCCAAUGCGCUGCCUGUUUGGUUCCCUGAUGCAACUUUUGAAACCAAGGUCGUCAUGUCGGCUCCUCCUGGGAAUUCUACUUUUGGCCGCUUUUGCUGGUGUUGGCUUUUGGGUUCACGGCACACCGUUCGAUGUAAAUCAAGAGGUGUCAGGAGUCCUAGAAGUGGGACACAAAGGACGUAAGAGAUCUGAGACUGAGGCACAGGGCAAAGACGACUCGACGCAAGACUACUCGAUGCGUCCCAACUCCUCUUACGCCAGGCUAUUUGCUGCCGAGGUUCGGGCUUUGACCAACACCUUGCCCGAACUGAACAUUGUCCUGACCACAACCAAUAUGGGAUACCUGGAUUUCACCGAGAACAUGCUGCUAAGUAUAGACAGGGUUGGCAUCCAUCCUGAAGUAGUAGUCAUCGCCGAGGACCGAGGAUCCUACAAGGCCCUGCUUGACCACAAGUAUGGACUCCACGUACUGAAACCUCCUGAUUUCAACAAACUUCCCGAGGCCAUUGACUUUGGCGUUCCAGACCACCAGAAAUUCACAAUUCGUAGGCCAGCCUACGUGCGCGAGUUCAUCAAGCAAGGCUACGAGGUGCUUUUCGUCGAUUCAGACACCUUUUGGUUUCAGGACCCCUAUCCGUACUUCCAAGGUGGAAGUUUUGACGUUGCUUUCAUGAGGGAUUACCGCAAAACAUUCAGUGAUGGAGUGGGGUUCUACCGACCAACAAACAGCACCGACUACUUCUUACGAGUCUGGGUUUGGGUCUUGGACACACAGCCAAAGCUGAGGCAAGACCAGCGCGUCGUGAGCUAUGUCCUUUCAUCCAAAUUAAGUCCAGACCUCAAGAUCAGGUCGUUGGGGUUCCAAACUUUCCCGACUUGCAAGAAUUUAUACGACUCAGAUAAUGAAGUGUGCAGAAACGUCACCGACAAAACAACCCUUUUCCACGCUGCAUUUACACCCCUUCACGUCGACAAGAGAAAGGUUUUUGACAAAUGUAAUAUCUGGCUCGUCAAUACCACGACGGAGAAAACCCCGUCAUGAUCAAUGUUUAAAAGUUAAAAAAGUGAAUACGUUGAAAGGAAGAGACUAGGGCAGCCAUUUUCGCAUCAAAUGCUUUCUUUUCAGACUAAAUACGUAUAAUUGUCCGUGCUGUUAACGGGUUAACAGUUGAAAAAAAAUUGGGCUCUUGUUUUUGCUAUUUUGCGAAAUUGCCUUUUCUUCAGCAGUACAAAAGUUAUUCACAGUUGAGUGAAACAUCGAAUGAAAAAAAUCCCUUUAGUAAUGGAAUGAUUAGGCGGCCGGACAAUAAUUCAGGCGUAUCUUUGUACGCAAACGCAAAAAGCAUUUUUAAAGCUUUGCAGAUGCCGAAGAAAUAGACAUUAGGCCUACCGACCGAACACACGACGUGUAAUUGGUUAAGGCGCAAUAGUUAUGAGUAUGCAAAGAAGGUGAAAUCAUGCACUGUGAAUAUGAUCGAGUUAAGAGUACAUUUUUAAAUAAACGCAUAUCUGUAAUGGUCAUUCCUGAAAUCUCGGAUUCAAACUAACAUCGGUUUUCUUUCUAGAAACACUUGUAUAUAUAUACCCUAAAUAACUGUUCAAACCAAAUGGAGAUGUCUAAACUUUGGCUCGUUAUUACAGCAGUUGAUGAUCGUGUUGCCCCCCAAAAAAGUAGAACGAGGAGGGGGUGGGGAUAAAAUCUGCCGGAGCCGAAGCCGAUGUUUGCGAAACGAUCCUGAAAAGCAUAAUACCAAUUUUGCAUCAUUGAGAUUGAUAACGAUGUCGUUCUACAUUGGCCCAUUUGAACCGUUAGAAUAUAAUCCUGUUAUAAUGAGCCGUGAAUUUGAAUGUAACUUCUAGAAAAAAAAAGGCGAUGUGUGUCGUUCUUGAAGUGAAAUCGGAUAAACGAGGUCGUAAACUUGUGGCUGGACGAAUCUGUUCCAAAAAAUACAUGCAUUAGAAAACUACCCAUACAGAGCAUUGAAUGCCGUGUAAAUACAACAAAAAGCUUGCAACCUCGACUUCAUCAACAAAAAGUCAGCGAGUAAUGUACAUUUUUUUGGGGAAAGAUGAAUUGUUUUUGUGGCGAAAUUCGUGCGCGUAUACAUGGUGUCCAUUAUUUUCUUUCCAGUACAUUUAUUACACACAUAAAAAAAGUUACCCAAAAGAACUUUUGAAAUUCAGAGUAGUGAGUGAUUGCCGACAAAAUAAUAAAUUCUUCCAACAUUCUGUAAGAUAGUUUUAAGCAUGUAAAUUAAGUUAAUCUUAAAAAACAAAACUCUUGACUUGUUAUUUUAAAUAAUUUAAUAAAAAAAAUAGCGAAUGUAUUAAAGCAAAUUUUAGUUGUUAUCACUGUAACAAUCUUGGCUAGAACUCCUUGGUUUUGUUGUGUCUAAAUGUUUUGUCACAUGUCUAAAAAAAAAUACGUGUUUGAAUGUUUUACUAGUUGAUUAUUAGUUUACUUAAUUACUAACCCUUUAUGUAAAAGACUCGCAUGUACAUUGAGUGUGUUCUCCUUGUUCCAUUUUAUCGGUAAUUCGCAAUGCCCUUUGUCAAGGGAUGCCCGAGUGCGUUCAGGCACAACAUAGAUGCUUUAGUGGAUUCACAUUAGAAAAAACUUUCCAGAAGAAAAUGCAUGAUGUGUAAAUUUCUUGUUUGAUAUUAUAUGUCAGAGUGUAUAAGAACCUACAAUUCUUUUUCUACCACGUGUUCUGUUGGGAAGUUAGUAAUGCAAUAAGCGUUUAUUCUUUAUACCGUCCAACCCUAAAUGUACGUAGGCCUAUAAACUUUAUCUUACUUUCUUAUCAAUGUCAAUACUUGUAUAAUGUACAGAUCAUUAUUGCAUUAUUUUUUUUAUAGAUGUAUUUGUAUUCUGACCAAAUUAAAACAUAAAGCGAAAUUACAGU